UCAAUACUCUGAAUUCAGGGCUCCAAUUAUCAGCAUUCUCUGAUAAUAAUCAGCUCUAAAUUUAAACCACCACCACCAUUGUUAUUACUAAUGGCCUCACCGCCUGACACCAGCAAAACCACCAAGCUAGAACGCUACAACAGCUACAUCAGGCGAGUCAACAGCACCAAGCUUCUAGCAGCUUCUUCCAAGCUCCUAUUCCGUGUCACUCUUUUGGUUGCUUUGAUAUUAAUAUUCUUUUUCACUUUCAACUAUCCCCCGGUUUCGGAUAACCCCAAUCCGGGGGCCCACCACCUCCACACCACUUCCCACCUCCUCUCCUCCGCUUUCUACGGCAGUGGAGCUGCGUGGGAGAAGGAGGUGCGCCGUUCCUCGACUCCCCGUCGCCCUAAUGGAUUUUCAGUCCUGGUUACGGGCGCCGGAGGGUUUGUUGGAACACACUGCUCGCUGGCGUUGAAGAAACGUGGCGACGGUGUUCUUGGUUUGGACAACUUCAACUCUUAUUACGACCCGUCGUUGAAACGGGCGAGGCAAAAGAUGUUGAAGCAACACGAGAUCUUCAUCGUUGAGGGAGAUCUCAACGAUGGAGAGUUGUUAGCGAAGCUUUUUGACAUUGUACCGUUCACGCACAUCCUGCACCUGGCGGCGCAGGCUGGCGUGCGGUACGCUAUGGAGAAUCCUCAAUCGUAUGUUAGCUCCAACAUUGCUGGAUUCGUUAACCUUUUAGAGGUUGCGAAAAACGCAGACCCCCAGCCCGCAAUUGUUUGGGCCUCGUCUAGCUCGGUCUACGGUCUGAAUACCGAGAACCCAUUCUCGGAAUCCCACCGGACAGACCAGCCAGCGAGUCUCUACGCCGCUACUAAAAAAGCAGGCGAAGAGAUUGCCCACACAUACAACCACAUCUACGGGCUAUCAAUCACGGGUCUCCGAUUCUUCACGGUUUACGGGCCGUGGGGCCGACCCGACAUGGCUUACUUCUUCUUCACGAAAGACAUACUUCAAGGAAAACCUAUUAACAUAUACCAGACGCAUGACAACCAAGAGGUGGCGCGUGACUUCACGUUCAUCGACGACGUAGUAAAGGGGUGUUUAGGGUCGUUAGAUACGGCGGAGAAGAGCACCGGAAAAGGCGGGAAGAAACGUGGGCCGGCCCAAUUAAGGAUAUAUAACUUGGGGAACACGUCGCCAGUGACGGUGGGGAAAUUAGUGUCAAUAUUGGAAAGUUUAUUGAACGUCAAGGCGAAAAAGCAUGUGAUUAAGAUGCCACGAAACGGCGACGUUCCGUUCACCCAUGCUAACGUGAGCCUGGCGUAUAAUGAUUUCGGGUAUAAACCGACUACUGAUUUGUCAACCGGGUUGAGAAAGUUCGUUAAAUGGUAUGUAAGUUAUUAUGGGAUUCAGUCAAGGGUAAAAGGGUCAAAUGCUUCAACUUGAUUCCCAUUGAAAGGUUUCUGUUUCCUUUUCUGUCCUUUUUCUUAUUUUCAUUUUUGCCCCUCUUUUAAAUUAUAAUUUCAUUCAAGUCCGUAUACGAUAUAUCCGGUAUAUCUGUCGAUCGAUGAAGAAACAUGAAACAACAGUCAUUUGGGGUUAUAAAGACGGUCUUCCGAAGUUCAAAAGGCGUGAAGUUAAGAUUCGGGUAUCGUUGUAUCGUAGUGUACGGUGUAUCAUAGUUCAUAUAUAUAUAUAUAAAUAUAUACAUACAAGUUACAACAUAUCAUAAGUGAAAAAUGGAAAUGGAGGUGGAAAAGUGUAGAUUUGGGAAAUGGAAGGUUGUAUUUGUAAUAUUUUUAUUUUUAGAUGUAAAUUUGAACAUAAUUGAUUUUGUGCCCCAAAAGCGAAGGGUGAGAAUCAAGCUAUUGGAUCGAAGUUUAUUUUACAUGAUUAAUAUCUUUUUUUUAUUUA